GAUAAUCAAAUCAUCGAGGAAAGAGGUGCCUACGCAUGUUGAAGGAAUCUGCGCGCAAUGGACGAGUUCGUUUAGUGUUACAGGUUCUUUCUUCAUGAUCUGCUGCAAUCCGGAUUGUUGAAGCCAUCCUCCCAACCAAAAGCCAGUCCAACGAUUGGGUGAGUGAAGUCAGUUCGCUGGAGAUGUCGCUCAUCAAAGCAAUAGUUCUUCGGCAAUGUGCUUAUUUGAGAGGAAAGUGGCCAAAAUCUGUCUCGAUAGCAGUUCGACACCAAAGCUCAAGAUCUUUUCGAAUUUCUCGAUAUCCCAUUCUAGCGGAUACUGUUAAAUUUGGACUCCUUUUCACAGGCGCAGAAUUAACGCAGCAAGUCCUGAUGAAGAAGGUUUUGGAUACCUCAUUCCAGCCCAGAACUUUCCAAGAACCAAUUGAUUGGAGCAGUGUUGCCAAAUAUUCUAUUUGGGGUUUCUUCAUUUUCCCCCAUGUCCUUCGAAAGUGGUACAAGUUCUUGGAUGCUAAUUUCAUCGGAACAUCUUGGAACACAGUGAUCAAAAAGACUCUCGUGGAUCAGGCCGUUUUCCCAGUUCCAAUUUUGAGUUCGUUCUACGUGUUUCUAAGCGUAUUAGAAGGAAAAACAGAGAGCUUCAAGAGUGUUACCGAAGAAUGCGCCACCAAAUUGCAAACCACUUUAUUUGCCAGAUAUUGCUUCAUGAUUCCUGCUCAGCUCCUCAAUUUUGCCUUUGUACAACCAAACAAACGAGUCCUUUAUGUGGGUGUCAUCACGUUUUUUUGGCUAAAUAUUUUGUGUGUGCUCAAGUCCCUCAGCUUGGAUCAUAGCCUGUUUAAGAAAAUGUAUUAAGAUUUGUGAACUGAUUGACCUUUACCAAAUCUUGUUAUUAUGUUGCUAGAUGAAUAAAAAGAUUAUAUUUUCA